AUGGAAAAUAGUGAAACAGAAAGUGCUGGCUCAUCUUAUGCUACCUGGUCUGAAACGGAAAGAAAUUAUGGCGUUUCAACUUCACCACUGUCUUCAUGUAAAACAAAUGUAAAUGCUACAGUACUGAAAAAAAAGUGCAUCUCCCCAAAUACAAAGACAGCUAAAAAAACAGAAGAAAAGCAAAGAGAGCCUCUACUUGGCCCUACGAGUCCCCUGCAAUCAUCAGUAGUAUCAAGAAGGUCAGGGCUUCAAGAUGGUUCCACACAUCAAAUAAAAUCAGUUCAGAGAAGUGAUGGAAUAUCAGAACUAGUCAGCUACAAAUCAAACAGUACAAACAAUUUCUGCCUUAUAUCACCAUCCAAGAGAAACAGACCUGUCAGUGCUCCACCAGGUCAGCUAAGAUGUCAACAGUUUUCUUCUUCCAAAUUCCACUUGGCCCAGAAGGCCUCUGAAGUGCUCCAGAUUUUUAAACGGCAGCCACAGAUACUCAGAGUAACUGCUUAUAAGAAUGGUACAAUAAGUAUUUUUGCUAAAGUUACUGUGCCACUUUCCAUUAAACUGCUGCUGGAGGAGUGCACUGAAAAACUGAAGCUGAAUAUGGCUGCACGGCGAGUCUUCUUGGCAGACGGCACUGAAGCACUGGAUGCUAUAGACAUACCCCAUGAUGCUGACGUUUAUAUUUCAACUGGAGAACCCUUUUCAAAUCCAUUCAAAAAAAUUAAAGACCAUCUGUUGUUAAUGAAGAAUGCAACUUGGACAGUGAAUGGUCUAGUCUUUCCUAGAGGUGUCAAGAGAAGGAAAGCCAAGCCUGUGCUUUCCAAACGCAUGAAAAAACUUACACAGAAGCCCACGAUAAGACUUUUGGUGUUUAAGAACUGCAUGGGGCAGGAUGGUUAUGAAAUACCAACACCCCCAGACCAAAUUGAAGAGUUUUUAGAUAUUUGCACCAUGAAGCUGAACCUUACUUCACCAGCAAAGUACGUGUACAAUGUCCAUGGAGAAAGAAUUGAAGAUCUCAUAAAUGUUCCUCUGCUUGACAAAUGCCUGCAAAAUUCCAUCACACCUUUGCGAGGACCUCUUUGGGUCUCUAAGGGAGAAGGUUUCAGCCCCUCUGGAGCUAAGAUGUAUAUCCAAGGAGUACUAUUGGCCUUGCAUCAGCGAUUAAAGUCUGCAAAAAAUUACUGUGAACAGUUGGAUUCUGCUAUUGAUGGCCAGAAAAAGAAAAUCACAGACAAAAGCAUUCUAUCAAUGAAAAAGGAAGAAUUAUCUUUAGAACAAGAUGAAGUGAACAAGUUGAUUGAUGAAUUGCAGGCAGCCAUCAAGAGCUACAAAGGUCACCUCUCUAUACUUGCCCCUCAGUUACAGGCUGAACAGGAGCAAUGUUCUUCUUAUGUCUACCAACAUAUUAAAGAACUUUCUGCAGAUACAAUACUCUCACGAGGUCUGCAGCUAAAGGUGUAUGAAAAUGGCAAAGAUACUGGGGAGACCCUUGUGUAUAUUAACAGAAAAGAGAUGGAAAACAGUUGUGGGAAUCAACCCAGUGCUAUGCUGGAGAGGGUACAACACAUGAUUCACCAAAGGCUUCAGCAUUCAGCAGCUUUCAAACCUUCAGGCCUCAGUCGUUUUCCUACUCAGCUUUUUGACGAGACUGGACAAGAAAUUAAAAACCCACUUUUAUUGCAGAAUGAGCAAAAAAUUUGGGUUUCUUAUGGUGAAGAUUACAGGUCUCCCUUAAAUCCUGUCCUGAGUUUGGCCUUUGACAGAGUGACUGCAGCUGAAAUGAAUGGCAUCACAGUUAUUUCUAAAACACUUCUGGAUCCCACUGUUGAUUUCCUGCCUGGAUGUGACAAUUGGGAAGCUUGUGCUGGAUUUCCAGACGACUUUCAAUUCACAAACCAUCUGGAAUAUCAGACCUUGGAAACUGUGGACCCAGAUAGCCAUUUUAUACAAUCUAAGACUGAUCCCCAGAUGGUUCUACUCAUGUCAGUUACCGUGGAAAAUAUGAGGAAAGACAUUCCCAGAAGAAAUAACCAUCAAGAUCUAAUAUCAGCCACAGUACGCUGGCCUCUUUUUAAUAUGUGGCUGAUCACAAAGGCUGGAAUGAUUCUAAGUCGAGCUAUGGUACAAAGCAGUCUGGCUGUUGGUCAUCCAAUCAGAGCUGUGAUGCAGGAUGGCAUUCCUCUUGAAGGAUAUAAGUUAAAUAUGCAGAGAAGAGAAAGAAACAAUAUAUAUCAAUACUGGGAGUUUGGAAAUGAUGGCUCUAUCCGUUCUAAGGCUUACCCUGAGUUUGUCCUGACCUACCUAGAGGAGCUAAAUGUAAGAGAAGAGGUGACCCAGACAGAAUACCGUACACACCAUGGGGCCCAGUCUACAGUUCACGAAGAGACAGAUAGCAACUCAACAGAAGAGGUCACUGUAUCAAGCCGGAGGCAGGUUCUACAAAAUAAUGUCUCCAACUGCAAUGAGAAGCAAGUUUCAGGACCUUUGGACGCCCACUUAAUGCCUGAAGGUCCCUUUGGGGAGAAUAGGCAGCUGACAGUGGCACUGGUGAAGAAACUGGAAGAGAAACAUCCUAAGGCCUCAGCUCAAAGAUGGGCCAUUAAACAUGAAGGAACAAGUAAGCCUGGUCAGUGGAAACAGUCAAAAGUGGACAAUCCUUUAUGGAAUAAGUUGACCUAUAUGUGGCCUGUGCUUCCAAAUGGAGAACUAAACCAGGCUUUUGACUGGCCCAUUGAAGGGCUGUUGAUUCCAAACAGUCCUCCUUUAAAGAAACCUGCUGGCAAGAAGUCCGACAGCUACAUGCCUUUGAGACUGAGGGUUUUGAGAAAUGGAGCGCAGGACAAACACAAAGCCGUCUCUGUUCUUGGACCUGACUGCACCUCUGUGUUGAAAAAACAGAAUACUGACCCAGAAAAAGCGCAGAAAGCAAAGAGACCCGCGAAGAUGUACGCUGACACAGAUUCAGAAAAAGAAAUACACCAAACAGAAUUUCAGCACUUUCUGGAACGGUGCACCAUGGUGUUGCAUUUGCCUUUUGCUGCUAGAAGACUGUUCACCGGAAAAGGGGUGGAAAUCUUUCUUUUGAAAGACUUGGAAAGAGAUCAGUUGAUAUAUGUUUCAUGUGGAGAACAGUGGAUUGAUCCCCAAUGGACUAUGGCUCAGCAUAAGAAACGCCUCCAACUUAGUAACUUAGCAUCUGAUAUAACUGCUAUUCGUGCCUACUGUGUCAUGAAGAACACAAAAAAUCUUGCUUUAGAAGUCAAGAAUAUCGUUGUUGGAACCAAACUUUCCGUCGGAAGAACUACAGUGGAAUUUGAAGGGGGGAAAGUUGCUGAACAGCCUGAAGAAAGGCAAGCUGAAGAAAGCACUGAGAAAAUAAAUGAUGACAUAAAUAAAUGUUUGAAUUCACAUGCAAAAUCCCAUCUUAAAGUAGAUGCAUGCUAUAAACCUACAAAAUAUACCUGGCAGCAAAUUUCCUAUGAUUUUGAUGAGGAUUGCAGCUUUCGGAAGGAGAAAGAUGAAGAGUUCUUUGAAGAUGCAGAGUUAUAUAAGAAAUACAGGCAUCAACCUAAACUGACUGGAGAAUUGCAGAAAGCCCAUCAUCAACAGUUUGAAUUUAGAAAUGGGAAGAUUAUCAACUGUAGCUUUCCAAAUCUUGUUUUGGGUGUGGAGAAUUCUGAUCUGCAUUCUGGGACUGAAGUGUUUUUGUUGGAAAAGAAGUGUGACGAUAUCAAUCAACACUGGAUCUGGAGAGAGGAUAGCAGGACAUUUCAUCUUGUGAUUGACCCAAACCUAGUGCUAGCAGUAUCAAUGCCCAACGUACUGAAUGGCUUCCCAAAGGUUCCACUGGAAAUGCAAGGGUGUCCUGUCAUCCUUCAGAAAUACAGAGAAUGUAAAAACGGAGCUGCCAAUCAGAAGUGGAAUUACAUGGAAACUACAAAGGUUCUUAGUGCCUUUUACAGCACAAUACAGGACCAAGAAAUUACAGCUGCAAAUUAUGCUUCUAUUUGCACAUUUUCUGUGGCCAAUACAGAGAAAAUAGACCAACUAGGCUACUAUUUUCUUUCACCAUGCGGAAAGCAGAAGGUAAUUAUAUGCUUGGCUUGUGCAAGGACCAUGAGAGGAAAGAAGGAACUCAAAAAGUUGCUCCCUGGUACUAAGUUUUCCUGUGCCUCUGGUUCUGAGGAAGGCAACCAUUUAUCCAUCUGGCCCUAUAAGUGUGUUGAUGUUAACAAGACUGAUUUAUCUACCUCUGAAGCUGAAUCCACCUUGCAUUAUUUAGAAGACGUUCUAGCAUGUUUGAGGACAGAAACCUCAUUGCAAAUCAUCUCAGAAAAGAUGUCUGCAGCUGUAAACCAGAAAGCAGUGAAAAUAAUUGCAUACAAAAAUGGAGCUGGUUACCAAAAUGGGCAACUAAUCAUCGCUAGUACAUUCCCUAUGCUGCUUUCGUUAUGUACAAGACGACUUGCACUUAACAGGACAGCUUGUAGACUGUACACCAGUGAAGGGGCCUUAAUCCUUACCCUGCAGGAUUUAGUUCUGUGUGCUGUAAAUGAUUAUAUGAGAAAGCAGGAGUCGGAAGAAAGAGAUGAAGGAGCAACUUUUAUUCCCUUCCCUAACGAAAAUGCAUCAGAGUUUCCAAUAAAAGACAAGGAGGCAGAAGAGGAAAUGAACAUCGAGUCUGCAUCAUUGGUGAUUACUCCAGAUAGUCUGAACUUGAUUGAUGAUUUUUUACUGAGCAUCAUUCUUAGAAAUCCGGUUGAGGUCUGGGUUUCUUGCGGAGAACCUUUCUUGCCUUUGGAGACUUUGCAAAAAUCUAAGAGACAAGAACGAGAAAAGUGGUUGGAGAAAGAUAAAAUUCUAGCAGAUCUGGAUGCAAUGAAACACAAAAUGAGACAACUGCAAGGGCGCCGCAUAACACAAUCUAAAGCAGCUACCUUGGUUCCCACUAAGAGUCCACUCCAGCCUGUGGUAGUGGAAGGAGGAUGGAGUGAAGAAACUCAAGAAGAGAUGAAGCUCAUGGAAACUAUACAACACACAGAGAUGCACCUUUCGGAGCUUCAAGCAUUACAAUUCAAAAGAAGUUCUCCAUUUUCUCCUAAACUACUUGCGGAAAGUCACAGAAAUCUCUACAAACAGCCCACCGCCAAAAGAGUGUGGGCUUAUGUGAAUGGAUGUACACCUGAGCAGGGAGCUCAUGCCUGGGGGAAAACAAUUUCAGAGCUACUUGACAGCUGUACAACUCAGCUAAAAAUACCACAGCCUGCAAAGACACUGUACACACCUGAUGGUGACCAGCUGCAAUCAUGGGAUGAAAUAGAAAGAGACAUGAUUGUUUGUGUUUCCACAGGACAUCCCUUUAUGAGCAGAAAAGCCAUGAAGCAUGACGUGGAAGUCAGAGCUCUUUAUGCCAGAAUUCGGAAGCAGCAGGGUCCAGAAUCUACCAACAUUAUUGUCUCACCAUCGGAAAAAGUUAUAGAGAAGGUCAACAUGAAUAGCUCUCUUCUGGCUCUUACAUGCAGAACUCCUCAACAGUCCAGCAACUAGAUGUGGAAUGUCAAAUAUUUACAUAUUCAGAAGAUUUUUGGAGAAUAUUUGACAUCAAAACUUUGAGGAGAAAUUUGGAGAAAAUACA